UCCCACCUCGGGGCUGAAUGGCUGUCCCCGACGCCGCGGGUGUGGAGGAGGUGGCUGUUCAGCGCCGCGAGCCCAGGUGACUCGCCCUCCUCCUGCCUGAGCCCCUCGGCCUGGGCGGCCCCUCCGGCCUGAGCUCUUUCCCUGGCGGCCGCGGCUCCUUCCCUGGGACAAUAUGUUCAAGAGAAUGGCGGAAUUUGGGCCUGACUCCGGCGGGAGAGUGAAGGGGGUUACCAUCGUUAAGCCAAUAGUUUAUGGUAAUGUUGCCCGAUAUUUUGGGAAGAAAAGGGAAGAAGAUGGACAUACCCACCAGUGGACAGUAUAUGUAAAACCAUACAGAAAUGAGGAUAUGUCAGCAUAUGUGAAGAAAAUCCAGUUUAAAUUGCAUGAAAGCUAUGGCAACCCUUUAAGAGUCGUUACUAAGCCGCCCUAUGAAAUUACUGAAACAGGAUGGGGUGAAUUUGAAAUAAUCAUCAAAAUAUUUUUCAUUGACCCUAAUGAAAGACCGGUGACUCUGUAUCACUUACUGAAGCUGUUCCAGUCUGACACCAAUGCAAUGCUGGGGAAAAAGACAGUGGUUUCCGAGUUCUAUGAUGAAAUGAUAUUUCAAGACCCAACAGCAAUGAUGCAACAACUGUUAACAACAUCUCGUCAGCUAACCUUAGGAGCCUAUAAACACGAAACAGAAUUUGCAGAACUUGAAGUGAAAACCAGAGAAAAAUUAGAAGCUGCCAAGAAAAAAACAAGCUUUGAAAUUGCUGAGCUCAAGGAAAGAUUAAAAGCAAGUCGUGAAACUAUAAAUUGUUUAAAAAAUGAAAUCAGAAAGCUUGAAGAAGAUGAUCAGACAAAAGACAUAUAAGCACUGGCAAUAAGCCAAACUGAAAGUAGGAGGCCCUACAGAGAUCGGACUUGGUGCAGAUGCUGUGUGUGAUGUUUCUUGGAGGAGCUGUGUGUGAGUUUGCCAGCCACGAUUUCUCAUCUGUGAGGUCCAAGUAGUCACACAGCUCGAGCCGUGGGAAAUCCAUCUGUGUUAAGAGUCGAUGCCAUGUGGCAUUCAUGAUGUCAAGCACAACUUUCAAAGUGUUUGUUUUUUAAAUUGGACUAUGUGUAGUUUAUUUUCCUUUAGUCAGGCAUCAAAAUUUUGUUAUACUUGUACAGAUUUAUAGUGUGUAAAUUAGUACUAGGUAGAUUGGUAUAUGUAUCUAAAUUUUCAAGUUCUUACCUGUCCCAUGCUCCCUCUUUUGUUUAUGAUGUCUCGUAAGUAUUCAGUAAAUGAAGUCUACUGCUCUUAUGUCUGUCUCCUGUGACUUCUCCAGUCACUUUCCCACCGUGUAAUUUUAACCAAAUAUAUAAAUGUUUUUGUUUUGUUUGAAAUUUCA